CAGAAUUUCACACACAGAGCGUGAGAUAGAGGACAGUGCACGAGCUGUCACUGAAGAAAGACGCACAUGUAUCAGGAAUCUGUUCUUCUGCUCGUGGACCGUUAACAGGAAAAUUAACCAUAUUACUCGUACAUGCCAGAUCUUUAUUUUAUAGUGACUGUAAACCGACUGGUAUGGAAGUAUUUGUGCCGAACAUUUUAAAACUUGACUAAGGUCGAUUUGAGAGGGGUCGACUACAGGAGAAAACUCAUGGGCUACAACAGUGGUUGAGGUGGGCUGUCCAUAAGAGCGUCCUACCUCCCAGGAUGGAUGACAGUCCUGGGCCUGUCCUCCUACCACUACACUCCUCCUACUGGGUGUCUGGCUUCAGCUGCCCUCCUUCCAGCGUCUGAGAGCCUGGCAUUCCUUACCUCCUGGGCCCCAGCCACUCCAGCACCUCCACCUCCACAAUGACACAGAUGGACUACAAAUACAGCCUGCUGGGCCCCCCGGAUGACGACUACAGGAAGAGGCCCCUGCUCCUUCAAGUGGACAACCCCGUCAGCCUGUUUGCUGUGCUGCAGGUAAAGAGGGAACCACGGCACCACUGGAGCACUCUAGGAUGCUUCCGGAGAGCAAAACUGUACAGUUUCCUGUUCGGCCUGGCAGUAAUGUUCCUCAUCAUGGCCUCCUAUGUCCUGACUGGGGAUAAGAAGAACCUGCUCCUCACCCCCUCCCCCUACAACUUCCCCAGCCUCGUCAACCCAGGACCAUUCCCCUUCAACCUGUCCUCAGCCAAGGACUACGCCAACAUCAAGCUGUUGGUGAAGACCAUCACCUCCAAAGUGGAGUUCAUCAGUCGCCAGCCGCCAGAUAUGAAAGCACUGGUACACAGUGAACCCCAUAUGUUUUCUGUUAUCCCCCGCAAGUUCCUGCCUGACGUCAAGAACCCCUGCUGGUAUGAGGUGCACACUGGGAACAUCACUGCGGACCCCUACAGGGCCAACCUGUACGCCCGGUACUCACGGCGCUUCCGAAUUGUGUUUGAGAACCUGAGGAACGCAUUCAGGGAACACUUGUACCGCCGGGCGGGGAAGUACUACCGAAUACGGUGUCUGCCUUACUUCUACAUCAUUGGCCAGCCCAAGUGCGGCACAACGGACCUGUAUGACAGGCUAAGGCUUCACCCGGAUGUCAGGUUCACCACUUUUAAAGAGCCGCACUGGUGGACAAGGAAGAGGUUUGGUAUUAUUCGUCUGAGUGAUGGAUUCCAUGACCGCUACCCAGUGGAGGACUACUUGGACCUCUUUGACCUGGCUGCCUACCAGAUCCAAGACCACCUACUGGUCAACUCCUCUGGAGCGCCUAAGCAACACAACAUUAUCAUAGGAGAAGCCAGCGCAUCCACCAUGUGGGACAACAAUGCCUGGGUCUAUUUCUAUGACAACACCACUGAGGGGGAGCCCCCCUUCCUCAUCCAGGAUUUUGUCCACGCCCUGCAGCCCGAUGCCCGCUUCAUUGUCAUGCUCAGGGACCCUGUAGAGAGGCUUUACUCAGACUAUCUCUACUUCGGGAUUGCCAAUAAGUCUGCAGAGGACUUCCACGAGAAGGUGUCAGAGUCUCUGCAGCUUUUUGAGGGGUGCCUUACAGAGUACAGGAUGCGUGCCUGUGUGUACAACACAACACUCAACAAUGCAAUGCCAGUCAGGUUGCAGGUUGGUCUGUACAUUGUGUACAUAUUAGACUGGCUGACGGUCUUCAGCAAAAAUCAGAUUUUGGUCCUGCGCCUGGAAGACCAUGCCUCCAAUCGGAAAUACACAAUGCACAAAGUCUUUAAUUUUCUCAACUUGGGACCAUUGACGGAGCAGAAGGAGGCAGAGAUCACCAGAAGCCCAGCGUCAAACACCAGGAGACCAGCCGACAAGAACCUGGGACCCAUGCUGCCCAUCACCAAGGAGAUCCUGAGGGACUUCUACACGCCAUUCAAUGAGAAAUUGGCCAAAGUGCUCCGGAAUGACUCGUUCCGCUGGGAGAGCUAUUCAAAGCUUGUGUAAAGAAUGACCACCUCAAAAACCACUGACACAUUUAGUAGUCCCAAAUAGUUUUUGUUUGUUUCAUAUCUCCUAAAGUGCCCAUGAGAAUUAAAAUCCUUCUAUUUAAAUGAAUACUUAAGUUAUGAUGUGGAGAUGAAACAAA